UCCUCACCCUAUCUCUAAGGGAGCGCCCUGCCACCGUGUGGAGGAAACUCAUUUCAGACCGAUACAAAGACCAGAUUACUGCGGCCGCUGCACCGAUCCACCUGUCAAUCUCACACUCCAUCCUUCACCUACUUGUGAACAAGACCCCCAGACUCUGCAUCAGGAAGGGGAGGGAUUAAGAAAAUGUGUCAGUCUGAUGUUCAGUCAGCAGCAAGACAACAUGGAGGCAACAGCUCUCUGCACCCGACUGUUUAUGACUGUGUUUCUGCUGCUUGCUGCACAAGUUCAGAACUGUUGCUAUUCUCAAAAACUGGAUGCAGCUUUUCCUCGUACUGAACCAAACAGACUGCAGUUCUUUGCAUAUAGUCCAAUCUCUGUGCAGUGUGAACAUUUGGACUGCUCACCUGAAUGUAGAGUGAUGAAGAGGCUGAAGAAGGAUUCAACAAAUACAACUCAACUGUGGGAAACAUCAACAGGAUCCAUUACUGUUACACUUCACUCUACAUCAGAGAGUGGAGAGUACUGGUGUGAAAAUAAAGAGGGGGAAAGAAGCAACAGCAUCAACAUCACAGUCACUGAUGGUGAUGUGAUCCUGGAGAGUCCUGCUCUACCUGUGACCGAGGGAGAAGACUUGAGUCUGUACUGCAGAACGAAGACCUCCAACCCUCCUGCUGACUUUUACAAAGAUGGCCUCUCUAUUGCAACUGGAUAUACAGGAAUGUUCACCAUCAACAGUGUCUCUAAAUCUCAUGAAGGACUCUACAAGUGCAGAAUCUCUGGAGUUGGAGAAUCAGCAGAGAGCUGGCUGGCUGUCAGAGCACAUAUAACUUCAUCACCUGAAGAGAUUCAAGAAAGUUCAGAGACAACCGACGGUUCCCCUCAGGUCUCGAUCCUUCUACCAGUGGUUAUCACCACUGUGUCUGUGGCUGUGCUGCUGAUGUUGGUGGGACUACUUCACUGCCUGAAACACAAAGGCUCUGGGGAGAUGAGUGUUGCUGUUUUCAGCGUGGUGACAUAUGCUGUUGUUACAAAACAUUGCAAGAAAAGAGAUGACUGAGAGAGGACAGAAGAGAAACUGAGACCACCUCCAUCUUAAACUGGUCAUACACAAACAUGAAACAUCUGUACAAUCAAUUACAACUUUUUAAUGAUAAUCCAGGAUCUGUUUUCUAAAAACCUUUUUAUCUGUGUCACAUUAUUAGUUGUGUUUGUUUGAUGUGUUAUUUUCAGUUGUUUACAUGUUUUAUGGCUUUGUUAGUGAUCAGGACAUGAAGUGAAUUUUGAUCAAAGUGAAUAAUGUAAAAGUGUGUAUGAUUUCACAGUCAGAUUUGUACUUUUUUGUUAACAAACAUCAUUAAAAACUUUUGAGU